AUGGGCAAGAAAAGACGUGGACCGACGUUGGACGAGCUUUUGGCUCGUCCGUGGUGCUACUACUGCGAGCGCGACUUCGACGACCUCAAAAUUUUGACCCUUCAUCAAAAAGCGAAGCAUUUCAAAUGCGAACGUUGUCAUCGCAAGCUCAACACUGCUGGUGGUCUAUCGGUGCACAUGAGUCAAGUUCACAAGGAGCAGCUCACAGAGAUCGAGAAUGCGUUGCCAAAUCGUUCAGGCCUCGAUGUCGAAAUUUUCGGUAUGGAGGGAGUCCCUGAGGACGUUCUCCAAGCCCACAACCAACGUGUGGCGACACAGUAUCACCAAUCCGAAGCUGAACGUCAGGCCGUGACUGGUAACCCUCCAUCUGGCAGUGGCGGAAGUGGACCGGCGCACAAGAAGCCGAAAUUAGAGGAUCUUUCGGAUAUCAAGGCGCGGUUGGCAGCGCAUCGCGCCAAGCGUGCUGAAGGUGCUACAGGCGGUAGCAGUAGAGAAAUGACCCCGGUUGGCACUGGGCAGUCCGCGUCCACCCCAACAAACUCAAACCGCCGCAGCAGCAAGCACCAGUUGCGCAAUCAUACCCUCAGCCUUAUGGGGCCCCCCCCAAUUCCCGCUGCUUCACCAUAUUCACUUGCCAGUCCGGUGUAUCCCGCGUUAUCACCAGCCGCUGUCUCACCUUACGCGCCGCCUUCUGCUGGCACCCCAGCGGCUUACGUUGCGGCGCCGCCCGGCGCUGGCCCAUAUCCUCCUCCUGGCUACCCCUCUCACGUUUAUCCUGCCCAGCCCACAACUCUCCCGUCGGGAUCGCCUAGUGGCUCUUAUCCUCUGCCAACCGUCCCAACACUCGAUCCGAAUAACCAAGCGCGACCGGGAAGCCUGCCAGCACUUUCGGGUCUUCCGCAGCGGCCAUCAUUUGCUGCGCCCGCACUUAACAUGCAACAAAUGCAACAGAUGCAUAUGGGCCACCCGGCACCUUCUUCUACAAGUCCAGAACAUGCUAAUGGCGAUGCCACGCAGGCGCCGUCGCAUGUCGCCUCAUCUGUUGACGAGCUCAUUUCAAGUGCCGCGAAAGAAGCAGCAGCAAGUGAGAAGCCAACGAAAAAGGAAAAGUCCAAGAAUAUACGGAUGGUCUAUUCAGAUGAGAACAUCAGCCCUGAGGAAAAGAUGGCCAAAUUGCCGCGGUAUGCAUUCUCACGACAAGCGUUCCAACAGGAAACGGCUCUCGGCGAGGUUCCCGGCUCGAUUGUUGUUGGCACAAUUCGCGACCAGGACACGGUGGUCGACCCGGCACACUAA